AUGUCUGACGAUGAAGAUGCCGCUCCUGUGGUUAAAAAACAAAGAAUCCACUUUGGAAGCCUUGAAGCUGUCGAGAGGGAACGCCUGGCGGCUGCUGGACCCUCGUCCAAAGAAAUUAAGGAAGAGAAUGAGAAUGACGAUGAGCAAGAAGAGGAAGAAAAUGGAGUGUCGGCGGCGGUUCUUGCUGGAAUAAGAGCGGGAAAUAUAAAUAUCAGUAGUGGUAAGCUGAAAGUUUCGAUGGAAAAAUUUCCAUAAAACCCCAUACAAUCAUGCAUACGUGUCCAGACCACAGGCAGACCACCCUCUGUUGGUGCGGCCGUUAUUGUUUGAAAUCUGAGCAUCGAUCUUUUGUUAUGUAUUAAAGAAAUACAGAUCAACAUUACAGUGGCUGUAAUUUGUUCCAAAAUGCAGAUUUUAAUGCAAAUGUUUCAAUAGAAGCUUGAAGAAAAUGUUAACUGACUCAUGUGUCACAUUUUUUUUUUCCAUCCCGUGGUGUUUUAAGCAUUAUUUUGGAAGAUGAAUAUUUGACCUCGGUGGCUGGAACUAAAGAAGAACACAAGGCAGGCUGCAAUCAGCUGCCGCCGCAUGACCUAGUCUACUUUAAGCUGGAACUGAUGCCAAACUAUUUAAAUUCUUACCUCAAAAAUACCGGCUGCUGAUCCACUGGAUAUGUCUCUAUGCCUGCAUUGAGUGAGAGCUCAAUCCUUCCAAAAUUUCUUGAGAAAAGCAAUCCUGAAGUUGCAAGACCAGCUUUCUCAACAUGAUCGGUGCAAAAUUUUGGAAUAAUUAUUAAGCAUAAUAAGGCAUUUAUUAGGCAUUUAAGGUAUGCGCCUUGAUCCAAUUCCACCAGUCAGCAUAAAAACCUGUGCAGGGCAGGGUUGGGGUUCUGAACUGACAACGGUCAUGAUACGCUGAUUAGUGGAUUUGGAUCGAUGUGCAUACCUCAAGUGCCUUUGGUCGAGAAUUUACGCGUUGUAACAAAAGAUCAAUGCUCAGAUUUCAAUCAACAAUGGCCCCACUAACACAGAGUGGUCUGCCUGUGUCGAGACUCGUAUUCAUUGUUUCAUCUGCAACUUUUUAAUAUGAGGUUGCUGUGCACAUGCAUAGUAAAUGUAUAGGGCUGUUUAGAAAUCUUACCUACCACUCUUUGGAGCAACUACUGAAAAAUUAGAGGAUAUUACAUGGCUGUGCAGAGAUAUGAAAUUUCUCUUCGAGUGGGGAAAAAUAUACCCUGAUUCCUGAUCCAGAAUAUUCAUUUGACCCAAGAAACAAUUUUUACUAUGAAUGGUUGUCCUACAAAAAAAUUCCAACUUGAAUUCAGCACACCCUUAAUGUUUGAGGGUGCUUUAAUGAAGUAAUGAAUUAAGUAGUAUUAUUGUAAAUGUCAUAUUAGGAGAAUACCUAGAGUUAUCUGAAGACCAAACCAGUGAAAGACAUCAGGAACUUUUAGCAGAAUUUGAGAGAAGGAAAAAGGUAGUACACUGUAGGUUUACAGCUACUGUAUGUAAUACUUGUACUUGUUUUAUUUGAAAAUUUAGUGCAUGCUGAGUUUUCUGAUCACUUGCUAGCAGGGCUGUCAAUAUAAAGGGUUAGGCACCUAGAUGCAGCUAUAAUUUAGGCCUUGCAAGGGUAGAAGCGACAUGGGACAUGGCUCCGAAAUCUGGCAACACUGCACUCACAAAAAACAAAGCAUCAGCAGAAGGAGGAGAGAAUUGUAACAGCGACAAUCCAUUUUUUAAGUAGUUAAAACAACAUCUGUUAACUUUUGGAUGUUGGCUGUUUCUGCAACUCUCAUCACAUUUCCUAAUAAGGUAUUGUUCAAGAAUGGUCCCUGGAGGGAGGAAGGUUUUUUACAAUUCUUUCAGGAGCCAUGUCUGCCAUAUAACUGUAAAUUCCAAAUUUAAUAUCAUGAAAAUUUAUGCCAAACUGACAGCAACAUUUUCGUCUUAGCUAAAAUGCAUCUGGGACAUCCUUUCCCAAGCUACCAGGGGACAGGCAGUCUCAGAAAUGACUGACAAAGCAAAACCAUACCCCCUUCUUGGAGGUCCUCAUGACUAAUACCUCCAAGUUUCUUGAGAGCACUGAGCUCUCAUAAUUUACAGCAAGCAUGUUACAUGUACAUGGACAUCUAAGUGCCAAACAGCUGUAGCUUUCAAAGGGAUAGGGUUUGUGUAAUAUGUGAAUAUGUUUAUCACUUGCAACAGCAAAUUCUCAGCUUAUAUGAACAAUGUGAAGCACUAAAAUGACACUUAUUUUUAAAAUAUUGUCAAUAGGCUCGAGCAAUCACUGUACCGACAGGUGAUGCAUCAGUGAAGGCGAGACUGCGGGAACUCGGAGAACCAAUUAGUAAGUUAUUUACUUUAAAACAAAAAUGAGAAUUGCAUUAAAUAGGGUCAUUUUUGGUGUAAGAUAUCUAAAUUACUUUAAAUACUUUACUGUUGUUUUUGGUUAAAAAAUGUCAAUCUUUGUCACAGCUUUGUUUGGGGAAGGUCCACCAGAAAGAAGAGACAGAUUGAGAAAAUUAUUGUCAGAAUUAGGUAAGUGAUAUUUGUUACAUGUAUAGAUUUAGGUUAAUUAGCAGUAGUUUGUCUAUGUAACAAAGAUUUUUUGAUAUUCAGUCAAAAUAUUUCCCCUUCUCUGAUUGGCUCAAAUCCCAUGACUAAUAGGCCACUUUUGAGUUCCAAAAACCCUCACUUUCACAAUGAGGCCAAGUGCACAAACUUUCUUGUGAAAAUGAGUUUUAUUUGCCUGAGAAUGAAAAAUCAUUUCCAUAUCAAAGGCUGAGCCCUUAACCUUGUUUUGAUACAGAGGCUCGGGGGAACUCGGAAAUGGCCUAUUCUUCACAACCAGCUACCGUUGACCAAAUUUGGAAAACAUUUGGGAUAUAUAUCCAGAAAAUGCUAAGUAUUGCAAAUCAAAAGAAUACAGUUAAACCUUUCCACAAUGGCCAGAGAGGUUUAAACAAGAAUCAUUGUAUGGACUGUCUUCAAAAGAAAGUGGCCAUUGUGGAGAGGUAGUAGUUAGUAGAGGUUGGACUGUAUUUCUAAUCAGUAUAAGACUGUGUAUCACUGAUUUGAUGUUAUAUUGUUGUCUGGUUUAAAGGUGAAGAUGUUCCCAAAAAGGAAGAGGACGAAAAAGAGAAACAGGAACCAGUAUGUCCUUUGUAGAUCUUUACUCCAUUAAAUCAUAUUAUCUUCUUAUUCCACUUUAUCAUAUGACUUCUGGACCUUACACUCCUCCCCUAACUCCCUGUAAAAAAUUCUCUUUGAAGCGAGUUAAACCAUUUUCCUGUCAUACAUGUUUACAUGUAUCAAAACAGAAGUUUUUUUAUAUGUCAAACAAACCAAAACUAUUAAAACUUUGAGGGAAAAAUAUUGAGACAAAACAAUUUUUUUAUUUAAAGACUAUGGAGCCACUCAUUGUUGUUGUGUUCAUUGUUAGCGGUCCAUGUCUCAGAUACAUAACCUGAGAUGACAGUGAAUUUGUGCAUUCAAAGUUUAGGAUGUUUCGGGUAGGAAAGAGAUAGUCUUCUUUUUCCAGUUGGGCCAAGAUGCAAUUUGAUGUUCUUUGAUGUCUUGUUUCAUUGUUUUAUUUAUAACGUACAGUUUAUAAAGUUAUUAAACUCUCUGGCAUCAAUAAAAAUUUAUUUCUGCUCUCAACCUUUUAUUACUUCAGGAAUUAGAAGAGGAAGUCUGGUAUCAUGAGGGUUCUCCGGAGCUGAAAGUAGCCCGCCUUUGGAUUGCUAAAUACUCUCUACCUAGGUGUGAAGUUCAUAAAUUAAAAGUUUAUGUAUUAUAAUAAAACUGAUAAACCAGCAUCAGUGGACCCUGCAAAAUUUGGCUUAGAUAAGACGGAUAAGGUAGAAUGGCCACCAUUAAAGAGAUUUACAGUUGUAAGAGCAGACAUUUUGAGCACAAGCCUUUGUCAGAGCAACUUCUUUGUGGUUUGGGGUUAGCAGUUGAAAUGUUAGCACCUUAAUCUCUUAGUGGACUCCAGUUCACCUGCUGUAAUCGACUGAGACUGUAGAUGAUAUCAAAUUCUUGACAGGGCUUAAGAAAAGUCCCAUCUAGCAAUCUGGGGCAAAUAGAUUCUCUUUGCAGGAAAGUAUAUGUAACGUUUUAUUCUCAUUUACCCAAUGAGCAUUGUCCCAGGAAAAUCCUUUAUUGUAACUUAAGGUAAACUUGGGCAAGCCUGCAACUGCCUUGGACAAGCAAAUUUGAUGACAGCUUGUCCAGAGCAAAUCUCGAAAAGUCCUGUUCGGUAGUCUGGGACUUGUUGAUGUUCCUGUUGGGCAAGUAAUAUUAAUCCUGCUCACCUGUUCAAUGGGCAAGGACCAGGUAACUAAUCUAUGAAUGAAUGAAUGAAUCAAGGGUUCAGCAGCUCAAUCAGUUGGUCAGUUCAUCAUUAUGGUGAUUAUUUAAACUCUCAUUCAGCAUAUUAGUGAGCUGCUUAAAAUGUCCACUUCAUUCAUCAGUUGGUCACUCUGUCAGUUACAGCUGUAGUUAUGUCUUUUAUGAUAUGUUUUGGUGUAGUUGUGAUUUUUUCAGCUACGGAGCUACUUGUAGUCAGUCAGUAAGUAAUUUAGCUAUUCAUUUUGUCACUCGGUUAUUAAGUUCAUCAGGUAGUCAUUACGUUGGUUAUGGCGACUAGUAGACAUUGUCACACUGGCAAGAUUUUGUUGUAUUUUGUUCAUAAGAUGUGUUCAUUAACAUGGACCUCACUAUUUCUAGAGCAUGUGAAAGAUUAAAACAAAUGCGCAUCCAGCAAGCCAGACCUGAUCCUGAGAAAGCUGCAAAGAUGCAAGAGUUACAUCGCAAACUAAGGGUUUGUUUCAUAUUUUUUGUGUAGCUCUGUUGUGUGGAAUGUGAAGAAAAGAUCAGAUACAGAUACAGUGCAUGCAUCACUUGGUUUUUUACACCACAUGUAGACACUUUAACUUCCUUAAUAUGACUUUUAGAGGGACAGACCCAGCAGUCUGCAGUACAGAGGUGUUGGUAUUACCACACCGAAGGUGGUAGAAAGCUUAAUGUUCAGCAAGGAAAUUCUUUAAACUGGUUUCUUCAUACUUGUUAUAGUUCUAGUUGUUUUGUUUCUGGCCUUAAUUGGGGUCAGAGUGUAACGACAAUCUUCUUUUAAAUGACCAUUGGAUUUCUGUGACUGACAUUUUUAGCUGGUAGACCUCAAAAAAUUUUUUUCCUCAUCUUUUCAGGGUCUAAACAAUUUCUGCAGUCAGAUUGGUGAUGACAGACCACUGUCCUUUUGUCAGUUUUCUCCAGAUUCAAAAAUACUAGCUACUGCAUCCUGGUAGGCUUACUUUGUGUCCCUGUUAUAUUGUCUUGUACCAUGUCUGAUGAACAUGUUUCGUGAUUCUAUUGCAAAAUAUUGGUUCAGCUAGUGUAAUGUGUUGUAAUCACAUGCACAAAAGUAAUUUCAGUGUCAGAUGUAUUUAGCUCAAAGCAAGAAACUGAAGACGUCCGCUAGCAGAAAUGGAAUUCUUUUCUUCAUGGUCCUUCAAUAGCAAGCCCAAUGGAGGUCCAGCCAUUUACGUGGCUAACAUUGUACCCUGCUAUUUAGAUAAAUUAUUUUAAGACCAAGGGUAAUGGUCUGGCAUCUGCAGCUUUGUAUUAUUAUUUGCCAUUUUUUGUUUUAGGAGUGGCUUAUGUAAACUUUGGUCAAUUCCAGAUUGUGAACCAAUAGCAGUUCUUCGAGGUAAACACACCAUGCAGAAAAGUAUGGACCUUAAUUUUGUUUUGGAUCUCAGAAUUGUUUGAUUUAACAAUUAAUUUUAACCCUUUUGCUCUCAGACUAAUUUAUUUAUGGAGAGAUAAUUUUAAUUUUUUUUGUAGUUUUUUAGUCUCUGGGAGACUUCCUAUGGUGUUACCAUUCUAAUGAAACCUCUUCAGUGGAAAGUUUGCAUAGUGGUAUUUAUUUGUUAAGAUUGCAGUGAUUUUGUUACAAAUAGUUAUGGUGAGUCCUGGGACUCAUCUUGUGAAAAAUCAUGAACAAUGAAAAAGACAAUGAGUCCCUGGCUCUUUUGUAACCACACAGUUAAUCUGAAGACAGACUCCAAAACUCUGUAUUACAGUUUACUGAAAUAAAAUUAUACCCCUUCUAUUGUAAAGCACAACAAAGACUAAAAGAAAUAAACAUCGUUUAACAACAGCCACAAGAACAGCAGGGCUGUGCUCUAGCAGAGCCCGGUGGCCCUGGUGCCUAAUUUUUGCUCUCGGGCGACUAGAAAAUUGUAGCUUUUUCAUACAAAUCAUAUGCUGGGCACCCUAGAUUUUACAGUUUCAGGGCACUGGGCUCCCUUCAAUUUUCCUUAGAGCACAGCCUUGAAGAGCCACAGAAAUUACACAAAUAUUCUACCAAAAACAUCUUCAGAUCGAUCUUUGCGUCCUAUGGGAGGCAUGCCACAAAUUAUGUUGCAUCUUAGGGGAUUUUUUAUGCGCCAGGGACGCAGGAAGCAGAGGUAACAAAGUCACUGAGAUUGUACAAAAAGAAAUAACGUACAUGUCAGGUUGAGAUCUGGAUCUUUUGUUCCAAUGGUUACAGGUCAUAAUGAACGUGUUGGAUCAAUAGUGUUUCACCCCCAAGCAACUUUGUCAUUAGAUGAAACUGGUCCAUGUAUGGCGUCCUGUGAUGCCGAUGGAGUAGUUCUUCUCUGGUCUCUCAACAUGUAAGUAGUCUCCUGUACAAUGAGUCAUUUUUUGUUGUUUUAUGUGGAAGAAUCCAUCCCUGGUGUUGAAAUAGCUGGUACUGCGUUAAGAGUACUCUGAGAAAACAGCCAACAUUUUGCGACACCUCUGGUUUCCCCUCGAAACCAACCUCGUUCCCAGGGUUCUCCCCUACCAGUCCCUACGGAGCGAAAGAGAGAGGGUGGGGGGGGGGGGGUAGGAUAGAAAACAUGGGAACGAGGUUGCUGAGCAGCCUGCGUGAAAGGCGCUUGAAACGGAAGGAACGCGGGAACGAGGGGCGCGGUUGCUUUCCGAGCAGCCAUGACGCAUCACUACCCAGAAGGGUUGGCGAUUUGAAACGAGAGGAGGAGGACUAAAGAUCUGGGUGGUGACACGUCAUCAGUAUGAAAUUUCUGCGCGCGUUUCUCUGACGUCAUUUCGCAGGGAAACCGGUAGUGGCGUCACAAAAUGUCGGCUAUUAGAGACCUUAAGAUACCCCGAAAUCGGUGUACGAGUAACGGGUAGCGCCAUGUUUUUUUCAUUUUGUGGUGACGUCAUCGACCUUACCCGGUAGAACCGCCCCAAACCAGUUUACUCGUAGAAGAACUACAUGAAGAAACGGAGUUUUUAAACUUUUUCCAUACUCAUGACGUCUGUUCAAAUAUUUUUGCCCCAGUGACGCAUCAUUUUGGACCCAAAUAGGGGUUGAAACGAUAUCAAUUUUGGCGGUAUUUGGGGGAUUUUGAGAAUUGCCGAACGUUUGAGUUUCGCAAAAGAAAUAGCAUUGAAAAAUUCAGCAUUCAUCCAAUCAAAGGAAUUGUUUGGUGAGGACUCGAUCCCGAUAACAAGAUCGGUCGGGACUUCCCGCCAAGUUUCUUAAAACAUGAUAUUUCAAUCAUGUAUGAAUGAAAUUUGUUGCGCGCGUUUAGAAUUUGAGGGACGUCAUUUCGACAUGCAUGGAAACCGGUUUGUGGCGUCACGCAUGAAAUGUCGGAUAUCGGGGUAUCUUAAGGUCUCUAUUUACUCAGGCUACAUGUACGAGAAGAGAACACGUCAUUUUCUCGCGCGGUAUUAGAGCGAGGGAAGUGCCCGAGCGCACCUGAAAAUGGCACGUUUUGGACAGAUCGCUAAGGAGGAGCGAAUCGAAGUUGUCUGGUAUGAGAGCGACUCAUACACUGUAAAGCCAAACGCCUGAUCGUAUGUCCCGUUUAUACGGAGAAAACUUGGCCCGGGAGCGGGGUCUGUCACCAAACCGAACUAUCCUGGGUGAGCCAACAUUUCCUCACAAAACUCGGCGAACGGUUUGAAUGAGAAACAAAAAGGUUGGCUCGGCUAAGCGGGUCACCCACCUAGCCAAACCAGCUUUUCUCCAUAUAAACACUUUGUGUCGGUUAUUUAAAUGAAGUCUAAUUUAGGCCGCGGUUUAAGAAAUUUAAGAAAGUAGGUGCUUUUCCAGACUAUGCUAUAUGCUUUAUUCAAAUUGUUCAUGAACGAUGGUGUUUAGAUGAGAGCGUUGGGCAAACUGAAAUGGCUUAGAACGCGGUUUUGUUAAACACGGGCUAAACUCCGUUUAAAUAAUUGGCCCUUUGGCUCGCCCAGUCGGGUCAACUGGGGCAAGGCGAGACAAUCAGAGCGUACGCAAGCGCCUAUGUCAGCUCCUGGCUUGGGCAAAGGAAUCUAAUUUUUACUCAUAUAAGCGCUCGCUAAAGUUGACGUGUCUUGGAGGGUGACCCAUUUUCCCGGGACAACGUUUUUUCCUUAUAAACCGGGCCCUUCAUCUUAAGUCGCUUAUUUUCUCUGUUUCCUUCGCGUGUCACCUUCAGGAUAGAGCGAUUUUCGUAUUAUCUGAAAAAUGGUUUCGGUUACUGCUCGUUAUUUAUUUUAUCAGCCGAUGGAUGAAAAGACCAAAACAUGGACUCUUCGUUUUCCCGCCAAAGAAAACCCUAAUAUGGAGAAGGCAUUGUUCGAUUGGCCAGUCGUGUUGCAGUAUGACGUUAAAGUGUAGUAUGCUUUGAUUUCUAGAAAGUUCUUGGGCAUGAAGGUUUUUCAGACAAGCGUUCGGUUAACCAACGAAAAGCCACGCACAUUUGUAUUCGUUCAAUAAACCUAUCAAAUCUCUCUAUUUCCGUUCGUUUGUUGUUUCUGUUUUGUUCGCGCGUUUUCAUUUCAAGGUCGUAUGAAAAUCGCUCUAACGAAGUGAAAAAAUUAAAGGGAAAAAAACAGUGACAGAAUUGGUUUGGAGUUGGGUAACUGAUAUCGGCAAUGUUUCUGAACAUUAUUUUCAUAAUAUUUUUUAGGGAUACUCCUCUUGCAAACAUAGAAGGACACGAAAAACGUGUCUCUCGUGUGGCGUAUCACCCUUCUGGACGAUUUCUAGCUUCUUGUUGGUAAGUAACUUUAUUAUUUCACAGGAUUGGUUGAUAAUAGAGCGGUUUUCACUUGACUGUCGUAAAACCAAAACCAAAGUAAAUACACUAGCCAACCAAAGGGCGCAGUAAAACCAAAACCAAAACCAAAACCAAUCCCUUUCGACAGUCAAGUGAAAACCGCUCUAUCAAAUUGGUUUAUACCGGCGUACAUGGUGUCAUCACUAUCCUCCGCAGCAAGCGUUUUCGCUCGAGUUGAUGCGCGAAAGCUGGAACGAAAGCAAAAAAAUAGAAGGAGCGGGAACGCUUGCUACGCGGGCUACACAGGCUAUGUCAUCGCCUUUGUUAGAUCAUGUGGUGUGACCACCCGGGCCUUCGCCUGAAUUUUUCGUGAAUUUGAUGUCUGGGCCCAAGUGAAAUUGUCAUUUUGUUCUCUGAUGAAGUUUGUUUUUGCCGGCAGUUUUGACUACUCUUGGAGACUUUGGGAUUUAGAACAGCUCAAAGAAGUUCUACAUCAGGUAAAAUACUUUUACUCAUCUCUUUUUCAAUUAACGCAGAAAACAUUGCGCUAAUGCGGCGAGACUUAUUCAAAACGUUAAGCCGAUUUGUAGACCAGGUUUGUUCGCCCAAAGUAACAAGCAAUAGGCUCUUUGCAUGACUUGAUCGCGUGAUCAACUUUCGGUAAACACGAAAACAGUUCACUUUGGAAAUAUUUUGUUAGCACAAGCUGAAAGAACAUAUUAAAAGUAGGUAACCUGAGAAUUUUUAGCCGUAUAUCUGAAAGGUAAAGAUUUCAACGGCCGCCGAAAGUUAGACGCAUUUGUAUGAGAAAAACAACUUUUGCCACCCAGUCACGAUUGCAUGGUUUUCCACACAAGUCCUUGUAAAUUCUAAAAUUUUUGAACUGUCGUUAAAUCUUUCCCUUACUCAUUUAAGCGCUCAAGUUGCCUGUUAUGAAUGAAAAGGAGAUUUGAGGCCCGUAAUGCUUAAGGAAAUAUUUCAUGACAGUUUUGAAAAUUUCGGUACUGUACAUUGGCAGUACCGUAGGAAGGUGGUGUAUACUUCUUUGUUUGUGUUGUUUAUAGGAGGGUCAUUCAAGAGAGGUGUAUAAUAUCGCAUUUCAGAUUGAUGGCUCACUUGCAGCAACAUGGUAACAACAGAAAAACAACAGAGACCUUCAGACUGGAGGACGAGAACGACUACGAGUACGAGAUUUCACUUUAAAGUUUUUUUCGUGUAUUCUCAAAAGUAGAGACCCCGGAAAGCUUUAUUGUGCUUUUUUUCACCCAUAAAGACCGUUAUCUUUAUUGAACGAGGCUAAGCCCUCUCCCGUUUGCAAAAUGAGAAAACGUUUAACGUUGUUUCCGCAACUACGACGGCCACUGCGGCCACUCGCUAGAACUCGUAGAAGAGUGACGACGGCUGCCUCGUUUUCCCGCCAAAAUGACGCUGGUUCACGCGUACGCACUAUUUAGUAUUGAGAAAAUCCCGUCCUCGUAGUUCUCCUCGUCUUAUGAAUCUAAAGGUCUCUAAUAACAACGUAUCCACAACAUAAAGGAGAAAAACUCUAAUUCACAGUGUACCCCAGUCAGUUCUUGUACUGAUAAUGGUAGGACCGUUAUGAGAAUCUUAAAACUAAAUUCAUGCGUUUACGUGUUUCAUUUACACGAAACAACCUUAAUGGCACAAAAUUUAGACGCCUAAGCGUUCAAAAAUUUGAACGCUAAAAUCGAGGUCAAAGUUUUAGCCGUUACGUUAGCUUGCGUGGCAGGCGUUCGAAAGGGAAGGGGAAGGGAAUUUGGGCGCUAGAUCGCGCGCAAGGGAGAAGGGAGGAGGGGCACGCCUGGCCCCAGUUUUUCAAACAAUGGAUAGCGCUAUCCAGGGGAUAAAUCUCUAUCCAAGGGAUAGUGCAAUUGGUUUCCCUAAUACGUUUCCACUGAAUAGUGAUUUAUCCGUUAACUCAGCUGGGAGACGCCGUUUUGGAAUUUCUAAAGUAGCGCUUUGCUCAUGGGAAGAUGGUAAAGCCAAAGAAAAAGUUUUUAAAAAUUCAACCCGUCAGUUCCGUGUGAACAGAGGGAAAAUAUUGAACCGUUCCGGGUAUGUCCGGUGCCCCGAGUACCUAGCCUGAAAUCCCACAAGAUUAAAGGCUGGACUUUCAAUAGUUCAAUUUUAGAAAAUUACAAAGUUACUGUUUAUCAUGCGUUUCUAGGAAACUGCCCACCUACCCCUCCCCUAAGCCAACAUUUUGCCUUAAGUGAGAAGUGAGUGUUAAUGUUGGCUUAGGGGAGGGGCUGGUGGGCAGUUUCCCAGAAACGCAUAAUUACUCAACUCAGUCCUAUUACCUUCAUUUAGUUUUUUUCCCUCCAAAUCCUGAGCACCGUAAUACCGCUUGAUGUAAUAACAACCCUGAAUGUAAUAUACCAACCAAAAAUAUAGAUUAUAUUAAGACUAGAAUUUGGAAUCUAGGAAAGAGAAAAUGGUGUCAGAGAAAAACAUUUGAAGAGCAUUCAUACUGUUUCUCAAUUAUUACGGUGUUGUUAUAUUUAGCGUUAAAGUUUAUUCCAUUUGCGGUUAGUAUUACAUUUAGGGUUUUUGUUACAUUUAGUUGUGAUACAAGAAGUAACUACAGAUCUUUUGCUCAUUGUAGUGGUCUUGACGGUAGAGGACUUGUGUGGGACCUCAGAACGGGUCAGUGUGUUAUGUCCCUUGAUGGACACUUGAAGAAGGUUCUUGGAAUAGAUUUUGCUCGUGAUGGGUGAGUCAAGUUACACCUUUGUCAUUCCCUAGCCUCGGAGGUUUACUCCUUGGUUUCUUGGUGGGAGUGUGCCGCCCCGUUCUCCAAAUCCUGCAUGACCUUAUUUCAGACCAACAAAUUUCAUUUUUUACACACGUUUUAAGUAGUGUCCACAGAGGUCCAUACCCCUUUUCAGACCUGGCCUCUAAGAAAUUAUGUCAUCAAUACUUAGAUUAGAACGCCAACAAAAAGCUUUCUUAAAAUCCAAUUCGAAUUCGCACAUUGCUAUUUACAAACACGUUCAUACGUUCCCAUAGUUCCCUCGAAAACGCUACCCAAUUCCAGACCAAAAUGGGCCACGUCUAUCCCCGUUUUCAGAAUGAAACGGUGCAAAAACCCAACCCACUGGGGCGGUACAUACCUAUAUGGCUUAUAUAUGGGAGUGCUCCCCCCGGUUCCCUAGUACAACGUUGUAUGCAUAGAGAGUAACACUCAACUGUCACAUAUUGUGAAGAAAUGUUUAUAUCAUCCAGUAAUUUUCCGAAGUUUUUACCAAAUUUUUCGUACCCCUGUUAGCAAGAUUUGUAAAAUUUAGGGUGUCAGAACCCUUCUGUGUUUUCGGUAGUACAGCAGGUUGUCGACUUUUGAACUCGUUUGACGUCGUUUGCCGUUUAUGGAAGCGAACUGAAGAGUAAUCCGUUUGUUGACGAAAACGAACGGGUUUUGUCCUUUUCCUAUCAUUUCGGCUACGUUAGACCUAAGCUUUAUUACGAAUAGCGUGAAGUGGUAGGCUCGUGCCUUCAUGUUAAAGUGGAUUUCCACUGUAGCGUAAUUUUUACGUGCAUACGCCGGUAAAAUUUACGUGCGAUAAAAAAGGCGAUGUAUGAAAGGCCGCUUGUAAACGUAAGCUUAGCGAGGUUCAACUUCUACGUUUACGCACGACCUUCCAAACAUUUUGCAACUUCACUUAAAGACCCUUAAAGUGUGAAUCAGGGGACAAGCAUUCAAGAUGGGUCCAGGAACGUUACCCAUAGGUUUAAUAUGAGUAAAUCCUCGUUUCAGAUAUCGUAUUGCUACGGGCAGCGAGGAUCAAAAGAUCAUGAUAUGGGAUUUGAGAAAGAGACAGAGCGUAUAUACCGUACCAGCACACACAAACCUUAUAUCACAUGUCAAGUUUUACGGUAAACGUUUAUUGAAAAUGGUAGCGAAUUGUUCUAAAGGGAGUAUUUUCCUAUCAGUGUAAGUUUCUACUCCUCCACAAACUCAACGUCAUCACUAACUGCUUGCCUAGGGCAAAAUGUUGCUUCGGGGAGGGUUGGGCUGGUAUUUUGCCUGAAUCCUCUACUGAUUUUCCCUUGCUAUACACAUUAGAGACCUUUAAAGUGAUGUUACACGGGACGAUUCUCAACGACGAUUUUACGGGUAACACAGCGUUGCAAUGUUAGAACAAUGUUGUAAGAAUUCGAAACAACGUCGCAACAAUGUUGCAACGCUGUGUUGCGCUAAAAAUCGUCGUUGCGAAUCGUCCUGUGUAACAUCACCUUCAGAUUGAAGGACGAGGACGACUAUACGAGGACGAAAUUUGAAUGAAGUACGUAUUUCUUUUUUACCUAAUCUCAAAACAUUCUCCCCGGAAAGCUUCAUUUAAUUUUUCUCACCAGAAAAGUUUCUACGAUUAUUCUUAUACAACGAGGUUAAUCCCUCUCCUGAUCGCUAAAUGAUUGAAAUGUAACAUUUGAAAACUUGUUUCUGUCACUGUGACAUUCUCGCUAAAACUCGUAAUAGAAUGACGACGGUUAUCACGUUUUCCCGCCAAAAUGACGCUGGUUCAUGCGCGCGCACUACUUAGUGUUGAGAAAAUCUCGUCCGCCUAGUCGUCCUUCUCUUAGGGCGCUUUCCAUUUGUCAGAACUGAGCGGCCAGACCAUUCCCGUCGUAUUGAGAAUUUCACUUUUAAUCAAAACUAUCCAGCCAGAUCAGUCAAAUCCUAAAUAGUUUGUACGAAAGAGAUAGUUUUCAGCAAAAACUCUUGGAAAAAGCUUAUUUCUUUGUCAAAAUGGCUGGUCCGACCAUGGCCCAGACGGCCAUUUCUGACAUUGGGAAAGGGCCGUCGGUUAGAAUCUAAAGGGCUUGUGACCCGCCGGUUCAGACAACCAUGCCGUUAUUGAAGCGACUCAAUUUUCUCGACUCAAACUUAUAAACCGCUCAGACCCUUUAUUGGUUAACCUCGGUAACUCUCCUUCAAGGGAUUAAUUCUAAUUUUCCGACGAGUAUCACCGUCAUUUUUAUGUAUGAGUCUCCUUAGGGUAGAACUCAGAACAGUGCCGUAAAGUUUUAGACGCAACGAUCUGAAAUUGAGUUUUUUUGUUUCUUUUAACAGAUGAUUACUUGAUAUCGGCGUCCUAUGACACAACCAUUAAGGUGAACAUUGAUAGGCAGCCCGCUGCAUUCACAGCGCAGUUUGUUAUAUUAAUUGUCAUAGUAAUUGUUUCUUCGCUUUGGUCUCGCGUUACAGAUCCUUAGUAGCAAUUUGCUAACUGAAAAGUCGAAUGCAGAGCGUGGAAAGGUGUUUGUUUUAUGAUAGAUUGCUAGCUAGUGGCGAAAUGCGAUUAAAAAAAACUUGAUCGCUUUGUGCGCAGGUAGAAGUCGAGGGUUGUUACUAUGUAUUUGAUUACUUGUUCACGUCUUGUUGGUAUAAAAUCAAGGAUCAUCACGCGCUCCUUAGUGUUGCAGAUAAUUGCGGGACAAUCCAACUGAAAGAUAGUGCGUUUCCGGACUUGGCACCAAGGCUUGGGAGAAUAAAACAAAAGAAAUCAUCUUGAGGCUCAGCAAUGAAUAAUACAUUUCUUUUGUUUUAUUCCCCCAAGCAUCGAAGCCAAGUAUGAAUUUUAAUAUAUUGAAAAUGUUCUAUUGUACUGGUAGCUCAGCUGUUUUAAUAGAAAAGAAGAAACAAACUGUGAAAAUGAAAUGAUUAGCACGUCACGAGCGUGGGACAAAGAAAAAAAAAUCUGACUCCCCGACAGGAUUCGAACCUAUGAUCUCCCAAACACCGGGUGGGUGCUCUAUUCACCUGAGCUACGGAGAACUCAUGUAGAGCGAGGCCAUAUACUAGGUUCAUAACCAAACUGCUACCUAAAAUUUUAGCAAGAACACCAAAUAUAAUACCUGACGGAUUGCGACUGUCAUUUGAAGAACAUCUGGGCUGAGUUGUUCAAAGCUGGGUUAACAGGGUUAGUGCGAGAUUUUAAUUCAGAUUUGAAAGCUUAAAAAGCAUUUCAGUUUUAAUUCUUUUUGUCUGCAAGAUGAUGAUUGGAAGCUUUAAAAAUGACAGAGAAAAUUAUCAUCGAAAAUGCCUCAGAACACAAGAAAAAGAAACCCAGGUUAAAUUUAACCCCGGGUUAAGCGCCAACCGGCCUUCGAACAACUGGGCCCUGCUAGACUAAAAAUCCCUUUAUAUUAUGUCAUGAAUUUGCCAAGUCAUGAGUACAGGGACUUUACCUUGAUCUUGAUCGAGGUAAGCAUUUUUUUGAAGUUGGAAAUGAAUAAAUGAAUUGAUUGAAUAAUGAAACACUUGGUGGAUUCGGCUUGCGUUUGAUAUGGAGCAUUAUGAAGAUUUCGGAGGGUGAGCGAUAUUCUGGUGCCUCCUCAUUUACAUGAUAUAGCACAAUGUUUCUCUCCUUAAUUUUAUUCCGAGGGUUAACUGAUAGAGACUGUUUUAUCUUCAGGUGUGGUCCCAUCCAGGAUGGGCGCCACUUAAAACCCUCACAGGACACGAGCAGAAGAUUAGUUGCGUGGAUGUUUCACCAGGUCUGUAGUUCUUCUAUAUACGUUUCUGAACGGCUGUGAACAAGGCUGUCCGGAAACUCGACAAGAUUGAGAGUAAUAUCUCUUUCUUUAUACUUGAGCUGCGAUCACAUGGCGGCUUAAUAUUGAUAACUUGGGAUGCGGGGGAGUACAGUAGACAGUGGUUAUGUCACAUCAUACCUACAGCAAUCGUAGAUUAUCCAGGUUAUUACACAUUGUACUCGCUAUCCGUCUUCUCAUUGGCUAAGAGCCUACAGUUAAUUUUGGAUAUCAGCGCAACCAACAGAUUAGUCAAUUAUCUGCUAGCAGAUUCAGUUGAGGCUAAUCUGUAGGUUGCGUGCGCAGUGCAUGAUUUUUAAGAGCAAUGUCAAACUGCGUUCUAUACCGUAGUGUGUUUGUCGUUAUUUUCUUCAAAACAAUGCAUAAUAAAACAAUUAUUAGAUUCGGUUUUUUUGAUGUCCGGAAUAAGGUCUCGGUAAGUAAAAAUAAGUGUUAUCAGCCUCUGCCCUCGGCUCGGUGGAUAACACUUACCUCGACCUUAUUCCGGAUAUCAUAAAAACUUCAUUCAAUAAUUGUUUAUAAUAAUAUUCAGCUAUGAUGACUUCUGGUUACUUGUAUGAGUGUGCCAUGGAAGUCCUGAAAGACGAUUGAAUUGAAUUAUUAUAAUUUUAGGAGAGGAGCUGACGUCCGCUAAGGAGACAAACCCAGGCCUAGAAAUCAACGAAAACCAGCAAAACUCACAAAGUUUCAUGAAAAAAACAUUGUCGUCGAUAAUCCUGGCAAAUUUGUCUGCAGCUAGAAAUUGUACUUUUCUACGAGUGAAAUUUUUUUUUUGUCGACUGUUGGCAGUUUAGGUUUUCUAUUUCAUAGAAUUUGUUUCAUUCGCCCGCACGGGGCCCAAGGUGGGGGAGCAAGGGCUGAUGGGAAGCCUGCGCAAGAGGCGAGGUCUUUCUUUCUCAUUUCCUCACUAUCCAUCACACCUCGCGCUUACGUGCCGCGCGCAUUAUUGCGACGACUGGGAAGGAAUCCGGUGGCUAUUGUAACGUGAGUAGUCACGGAAACGACACAGAUUCUUUCGGUAACAAAAGACCGGAGAAGUUGGAACCUUCUGAUGCUAUAUCCCUUCAUAAGCCUAAGUCCAUUAUGGAACGUCGAACUUUUCACGAGACGAGCCUAAUACUAAUGAGCAAAAUCUUUUGUUCUCCCUCAUUAGCAUCAAACUCGUUCCCAGGGUUCUCUCCUACCGGUAGGAGAGAACCUGGGAAUGAGGUUGCGUUAACAUCAAGUCCGUCCCAUGUGAAGUUCAACGUUGACCCUGGCCUCAGAUCAUCUUUUCUCAUUGCUUAACUGAACCGGCAAAUGAUAAAUCUAACGGCGUCUUUCUUUCCUCAGAUGGACAGUACGUCGUGUCCAGCUCGUUCGAUCGAACUUUCAAACUGUGGACCUCAGACUGAGCCAUGGCUCUGUAGCAGGUACCGAUUUUCAUAGCGAUGCUUUAAGCAACAGUCCAUUUACCAAGGGUCACUCACACCCAGGAUAACUCCAACACAUGUACUACGGUUACGGAUAUGUGACAAGCUCUGUGACACUUGUAUAUAGCCCACGAAUGAAGUUUCCAAUAAACAUUCUUUAAAAGUAACAUAUCUUGGUGUUUAUUUCUCAUGUCUUACCCUGCGAGGAGAAGCUACCUU